GUGGUGUUGUAAAUCGAUAGAAGAUGGUGCAUGAGCGCAACCCUGGCAUCCCGCUUGAUGCGGGCUGGGUUUUGGAAACCCAGAUCAACCUGGCCGCCGUCAAGCGACGGGCAGAGUCACACAUGACGCGACGCUCAGUCAAGAUGGAAUGGCAAGCAGGGUGGUUGCUGCGUGCCGUAACAUGUAUUGAUUUGACCACCCUCUCUGGCGAUGACACGGAGACUAAUGUCAAGCGCCUCUGUUUCAAGGCCAAGCGCCCGAUUCGUCACGACAUUCUCGAAAAGCUGGGCUGCAGCCAUCUCAACAUCACCACAGGUGCUAUCUGCGUUUAUCCGUCGCGUGUGGCAGAGGCCAAGAAGCAUCUCCAGGGCAGCAACAUUCCCAUUGCCUCGGUCGCAGCCGGUUUCCCGGCGGGCCAAACCCCCAUGGAGCAGCGCCUCGAGGAAAUCCGCUACGCCGUUGCUCAAGGAGCCACCGAGAUCGACAUUGUAAUCACUCGUCCCUUGGUGCUUGCGGCUCGUUGGGAGGAGCUCUAUGACGAGGUCAAGGCCAUGCGAAAGACUUCAACGGGCAAAGAAGGCGUUAAUGCAACCUUCCCCGUGGCCAUCACCAUGCUGCGUGCCAUCCGCGACUACCAUCAACGCACGGGCUACAAGGUGGGCUUCAAGCCUGCAGGUGGCAUCCGUGCUGCCAAGGACGCUCUGUCUUGGUUGGCCAUCAUGAAGGAGGAGCUCGGUGACGAGUGGACUCGUCCCGAUCUUUUCCGUUUGGGAGCUUCGUCCCUCCUGACGGACAUUGAGCGCCAGCUCUUCCACUGUGCCUACAAGCGCUAUGCUGCUGCUCACCAGCUGGCCAUGUCCUAAGCCCGUCCCAACUCAUGUGCUUGCCCCCCUCCUGUUUCAAGCUGACAGCUCACAAUAGUCGCGGCUUGUUUGUUCUCAUUGGUCGAGCUGUUGUUGCCCCUGAUAUCAAGACUUGAACGCAUCCGCGCCCCAUGUGUUUGGUGUUGGGUCUGCCCCGUUUUCCAAAUCUAAAGCCAAGCUCC